AUGUUGAAGAGUCUGCGUAACCGUGUGAAGCGUGAGAAUGAGCCACGUGUGUUGAUAGUAGGCCUUGACAAUGCGGGCAAGACAACACUGCUGAACACACUGGGUGAGAAUGACGAGCCGGUGGAGGGAAAGACCGCGCCGGCGGCACCGGAGGGACCAACGCAGGGAUUUAACAUCAAGACACUUGUGCGUGGCGGUAAACGUGCGAAGUUGUGUGAUCUCGGCGGCCAGCGGGCACUGCGGGAGUACUGGCAGGACUACUACAACAACACCGACUGCAUUAUGUACGUUGUGGACUCCUCCGACCACCGCCGAUUAGAGGAAUCGCAUGCGGCCUUUGUGGAUGUCCUCAACGGCAUUCCCGCCGUGCCGGUGUUGGUGUUUGCGAACAAACAAGAUCUCGCCACGGCCCGCGAUGCCCAGACAGUAGCGGAGGCACUCCAUCUGCAGGAGUUCCGCGAUCGCAAGUGGCACAUUCAGGGAUGCAGCGCCAAAUCGGGUGCUGGUCUUGAGGACGGUGUCGCGUGGAUAUUUAACACGUGCACCGUGUGA